AUGCAUUUAAAUCAAGGAAGGCGAUUUAGUUUCGACGAUAUACUGGCGCAAAAAGAAAUCUUGCAGCCUGUUCCUGAGCUCCGUAAAAAGGAAGAACUGUCCCAAACACCGACGCAUUAUGUAGCUCCUGCUCCUUGCCUUUCUGUCACAAGAAUUUCUGAAAGCUCUUCAGUAAAUAUCAGAAGGCCUUCAAAAAUUAGAGAAAUACCCGCGGCGGGAGUUUCGCUCGACAUCGUCUCUAAAGGAAGCCGGAUGAAGGCUUUACCUUCUGCAGAUGCUAAGACUGCAGAAAAGACCUCACGUGAGCCGGAAAAAGACCUUCCGAGUCCGACUUUCCCGAAACCUCAACAGCGAUAUUCCCCCCUCCCUUCUCCUCAUCGAGAAGCUCGCAAACGAAAAGUCCGACCUUUUCUGUGUAAAUCUUGCAAUGUUUCUCACUGGUGCAUUAAGAAGACCCAGGCGAGCGUUGCUAAUGACAUGGUCCUCGACAAAAGGACCAUGUCCGUAGACAAACCAAACUCCAGAAAGAGAUUUUCCGUGAACACUGGAAACAAUCGUCAGAAUUUCGAUCCCGACAACUACAGGCCAAUAAAAAUCGACUCCGAUGGAGAAGAAACGCGAGAACAAAGCAACAACAGCGCCAGUCCCGUAAAAGUUCUUUUCCCAAACGAACGAGAUCGCGAUCACAGAACUGGACGGGACUUUUGGACAAACCAUGAAGAAACUCACACCUUCCCGAAAUGCGACAAGAAUCUCGAAGUUCCGAGAGUUACCGGAAAUGAAGGAACCUUAUCAAGGCCUGCAAGUCUGCUACGCACGGCUCACCCCUUCAAUGGUAGCAGUUUUCUUGCAAAAAUACUAACUGAUUUAAUUACCCAGGUCUGCUUAGUGUCUGAGAUCCGGAACCGCCCCCAAAUGAAGGAAUUAGCUUAUUUGCAAAAUAGGGAAUGUUUUGAAAGCUACUCCCGACGGUCGAAGUCAGACGCUGAAUACUUGCCCCUGAGCGCCCGCGAAUUCAACCGGAUGUGCAAGUGCCGCUACGACUUCCCCUCGGAUGACGCCCCUCGGUCGCGGAUACCCUCGCCCAUCGAAGUCAUUUGCAUCGGGGUUCCUUUCGCCAAAUUUCCAACCUCACUACCACAGCCUCACUACCACAGCCUCACUACCACAGCCUCACCACCACAGCCUCACCACCACAGCCUCACUUCAUAUACAAGUCCUAUGAUUGAGAUGGGGCAUCAUCUGUUCACGCUGGACCUGAGCUAUAAUGCCCUGGUCGACAUACCCAAAGAUGCCCUGCGACAUCUGGCGGCGCUUGAGUGGCUUAACUUGCAGGGGAACCAGAUCGCGGAAGUGACGCGCGAUGACUGGAACGGGCUGCGGGACACGUUGAUGUCCCUCUUUCUGGCCGAGAAUAAUAUCGACUACGUACCUCCUCAUUCACUAACCGACUUCCGAAAACUGCUAUGGCUUAAUCUGGAUGAUAACAACAUGAAUCGGCUAGAAAGGGACUCACUUUCACGAAGUAUCAACACCCUGAGUCUCAACCAUAACCUGAUUACCUCAUUCCCAUCUGAUAUCGUCAGCGAGUUCAAAGACCUAACUUGGUUGUACCUCCGAGGUAACCUAAUUGACAGACUGCCUGAUCGCGGCUUUGUCUUCCCCAAAACUAUCGAUAAAUUAGACCUCGGUGAAAACUUCAUUUCUUUCAUACCUGAUCACUUGUUCAACAGUACUCUAAGUGUGCGGGACCUGCAUUUUGAUUUCAAUUUGCUCACUGAAAUUCAACCAAAUGCUUUUCAAGGACUCAACCCUUCUCGGUUGUACCUAUCAGCGAACGCAAUCUAUAACAUCACUGAUCGAGCUUUCUUAGGUGGACCCGAAGAAACCCUAGUCAUGCUGGAUUUGGAGAAGAAUAAUCUCGGUGGCGUUCCGAAGGCUCUGUCUUUCUUGAAAAGCUUGAGGUAUCUUUACCUACCUGGAAAUCAAAUCACUGAAAUCCAACGGGACGCUUUUAAAGGCUCAUGUCACAAACUGGAAGCAUUGAGCCUCUCAGGCAAUUUUCUCAACAGCAUACCAAGAGUUGCGCUGGAAAACUGCAGCAUGAUUAACCACCUGAAUUUGGGCCACAAUCGAAUUGAACAAAUUGAUCCUGAAGAUUUUUCAACGUGGGGCGACAACUUGGAAACUUUGGUCCUCCGGAACAAUCGUCUUUCCAGCAUUCCAGCCAAUGCUUUCCGGCACACGCCAAGAAUGCGAGAGCUGAGUCUAUCUUUCAACAGGAUCGUAGACGUCAAUCAAGAUUCUUUCAUAGAUAUUCUGGCGUCUUUGGAAAUACUUGAAAUCAGCUUCGGCUUCUACCGGGAUGAUUUUCCCGUUACAGUUUUCAAACCGUUGACAUCUCUACAAUGGAUUGCACUUGAUAAUAAUAACUUCCGUACCAUAGCAGAAACUGCUUUAUAUUCUUUCGGAGAGCUGAGCUAUUUCAAUAUGGAUUCUAAUCGACUCACUAGAAUACCCAAAACUUUAUUUCAUCAGAACGUUCACAAGAAAUUAGUCGAUAUCAGAAUGGCCAACAACUUCAUCGAAGAAUUGGGUACACACACUUUUCAUAAUUUAGAGGCAUUGCGCACUAUAGUGCUGACAGGAAAUAAAAUAAGGAAAGUUAAAUUUGAGGCCUUCAAGAACUUGCCCACGGUCAACACUAUCGCCAUUUCCAGCAACCAAAUCAGCGAAAUUGAAUUUCAAGCCUUCAGCGGUCUCACAAGCCUCGUGGAACUGGAACUACAACAAAAUCGCUUAACGACUUUCUCACUCAAUAAUUUCGCUAAUUUUUCGACGAAUCAAUCGCCUCUCUCUUUAAACUUGUCCCACAACGUACUGGUUGAACUACACCCAGGCUCGGUUGGCCUGUUUGCCAUGAAGAGUCUGGAUAUCAGUCAUAAUCAUCUAAAGCAAGUUCCUGUAAACUUUUUGCACAUAUUUAUGCAGUUCUUGGAGAAACUCGACAUAAGUUACAAUCGAAUCACAAAACUUGAUACCAGUGCCUUCGGUCCUCUUGAACAACUUCAACUGUUGAUGCUUCAGCACAACAACAUUCAACAGAUCCGUCCUGGAGCUUUCAACAACCUUCAAAAUGUGCAAUUGGUUGAUCUCAGUCACAAUCAUCUCCAAGCCUUACCCCAUAUGUGCUUCUCAGAUAUGCUAGCGCUGCGAAAAGUCGAUUUCUCUCACAACCAUCUUCGAGCCUUGCCACCAUCGGUCUUUACAGGAACAUCCGUCGAAUCUCUCAACUUUGCUUAUAAUGAAUUUGUUUCACUGCCAACAGCUGCGCUUUCCAUCGUCGAAUCAACUUUGCACUAUCUAGACAUCUCUCGAAACCAUCUCGAGCAUCUCGACUCGACGAUGUUCAACAGUUUCUCGAACCUAAUAGAGUUGAACAUUGCAAGCAACAAACUUACAAUCUUGCCCGAUAAUGUGUUCGUGAACCUCAGGAACCUCAUUAGCUUGGACAUCAGCGAAAAUACAGUGCGCGCAAACUUCAAAGAGCUUUUCCAUUACACUCAGAACGUCCAGAAGCUAAACUUAGCCAAGAUUGGCUUCACGUCGUCGCCCACAAUUCCAUUACCAAAUUUAGUUUAUCUGAACAUUUCCCACAACGGUAUCUCAGAUAUCGAGGUGCACUCGGUGGUCAGUUUGAGGCAGCUACGCACUCUCGACCUUUCCUACAAUCAGAUUACGCAUGUACGCUCCAGAAUUUGGCCUUAUCUCCCCUAUCUAAAGCGGCUCGACCUCUCAGGCAACCCUAUUCAGUCGCUCACAAAGGACAGUUUCGUAGGCGCUUCAAGAAUCGAAACUCUUAUCUUAAAAGACCUGAACGAAAUCAUGCGCUUCGAUUAUGACACACUUUCUCACAUGGGAUACCUCAAGGAACUCUUCAUGAACACCUUCCCCAAUAUUGAAAAGUAUCGCUUCCGUGUGGGCCAACUUUUGGCGACGGUUCACACGCUUCGCACCCUCCAUUUGGAAGUUCGAGAAGAUGCAUUAACGGACCAACUUUCCGGAGCGUUUGGACCGAAGUUGAAGGAACUUCACAUAUCUGGAGCAAACCUGAAGGCCGUCGACUCCAAAACUUUCAAAGGCUUCCAAAACAAGCAUGAACUGUUGCUGUCCAUAACGGACACGGGCAUCGAGACACUGCCCGACGGUCUACUGACGCACCUGUCGGACGUGGCGUAUCUCUCCCUGGACUUGCGACGCAACAAACUCAAGUUCCUCAACUCGCAGGUCCUCUACGGCAACAAGUCCGACUGGGAGAGCCGCGGCACCACCUUCGUCGCCGGUGGCCUAGCGUUGCAGGGCAAUGAGUGGACGUGUGACUGUUCCCUGGUGUGGCUGGGACGGUGGCUCAGACGAUGGCUGAGAGAGACCCUGCAGAUACAUACAGCCGUGCUCAAGAAGGCCCAGCAGGUUGACCAGUUGGCCCGUGAGGCAGUGUGCUACGAACCAUCGACAGGGCAACAUGUUGCUCUCUUGGACCUGAGAUCAGAAGACCUAAGUUGUCAUGCCUCGGCCUUAAGUGACACAGCCCAUACGUCUGGCACGGCAGCGAACGCUCCUAUAUUGCCUGCCCUAUUUUUCCUAGCAACGACUCAUGCAUUCCUGGCUCUAAAUGAACAAAUUUACAGAGUCCUGACCCAAUUUAAUAUGCCUAUUAUGCAUCUUAACAUUGCAAUCACGGUGAUAACAAUCGCUGUUAUUACGGCUGCUAAAACUACGGUUGUUACAAUAGCUGCUAAGGUACGUGGCACAGCUACUGUUCUGACUUCCAAGAUCAUCACAAACACACUGGCAAGAAGCAUAAGAAGCAUACGCAACGAAUUCUAUGAUGAUGACCCGGUAAAUGGGCUAAAAAGUCAUAGUUAUGAAGAGAAAAGUGAGUUAAAAUUGGAAACUGGCUGUUCGCAUCCUAAAGAAAACAAUGACUUAGAGCCACGUGAAGUAGUGAAAAUGGUUGUAGAUGAAAUUGAAAUGAAGCCCGUGACAACAAUAAUGUCCGAAGUAUCUGAAGAAACAAGAGAUAGUUGUCACUUCAACCUCAUUAUUAGGAAUCUUGACCUGGAAUACCUUGAUGGAAAUCACGAACUCCUCAAGCAGACUGAUCUAUGUGAUGAAGUUUUGUCAUCAGCUGAAAUGAUUAUCGUAAACGACGAAAUACUGUCUUCAAUAGCGGAGCGUCAACUUACCCAGCCAUGCCAAUUAUAUUCUAAUCAAAAUAUUUUGGCCACUUUUAUCAACACCAUUGAUGAUCAUAAACUUCAAGUUUCUGCAAUUGAUGUUGACGUUGAGGGAUUAUCUUCAACCUUGCUUGGAGAAGAAGUUCAAAGAACCUUAAGCUCUGUUCCCACGUCCAAAAUAAACAAAGACGAGGCACCGAACGGCAUUCACGAUCCAAUCAUUUCGAGUACAGCAGACAUCGAUAUUAUUCCUCAAUGUGAGCGCCUCACCAUCCCCAAAACUCCCCACCGACGUGAUACAAAUCAACCCGACUGUGUUCCUCAUGCAAAUGAACGCAGCCCCAACACACAAUUUUCCCCCUGGCCGUACAUGCAAUCUGUUACCUCAUCUGAAGAGACCCGCUCGAAUAUAAAUGUUUCAGUCGCCCCUCAAAAUCCCCUUCUGUUGCAGGAUGUCCACAGAUAAGACCAAUGCAGGUGCACGGAUUUUACUGAAUGUAAUUUCUGUUAAAUUCGUUUAUUCGCCUAAGAAAAUUAGUGUAAAUUGUCGAUCGAGUUCCGUGUUGAGACUCCCCAGGACCAUCACCGUUAUUGUUGCGCAUCACUUUGAUCGCUAAACGAAUUCGUGAGCGUCGUCACAUUUGUCUAUUCGUUUUAGAAUUUUUUGUUCGAAGAUUUGAAGUUUUUCUAGACAAUUUCCAUCCUUGAUAAUGCAUGGAAGCACAGAAAAUCACUCGAGCGUGUUUACGUGCGAUAAUAUGGAAAUAUGAUAUAUAAAGUGGAAAGUACUAUGAUGCAUGCACGUGACAAUACGUAAGCUCUACGUUGCACGCAAUGUACAGCACUUGAGUUUUCAUGCACUAGUGCCGGUGACGUAAGUUCUACGAUGCUCUUUAUUCUCAAUUAAAAGUAUUUCAUUAAUCGGAUCGUUGCCAGCAGUAAAUGAUUAGCUGAUGACUCAACACCAGUAAUUAUAAUUACCCACACAUCUUAUGAGCUUUGAAGUUGAUUUAUCUUGCGAAUUUUCUACACGUCGUAUCCAAAAGUUUCUUUUGAUGUGAUUAUAUUUUUUAUUUCUGUUCUAGAAAGCAGUCAAUAAGACACCAGCGCGUGAAUCCACCAAACUCAAUUUCUUCGUAACACUUUUUUUUAUCUAACGUGGGUUAUAUAAUGCCCAUAUAUAAGUCUUCAUCCUAAACUGUGAUUAACAGUUCAAUUGCUGCAUUCAUCGCCAAGAUUUUAUACUAUUACGUUAAAUUUAAUUCACUCUUGGCGUUAUCAAUUAUGCCUUGUAUUAUCUUCUAUUCAUUUAUUUGUUAUUUAAUUGUUCUACUUCCAGUCUCCGUGGUUGAGUUGCUAAAUGUAAUUGAGCUCUGAGCUGGCCUCGCAAACUGUCCACAACUUCACUGUAGUUAUCAAUGCAGCUAUUUUCACUUGCAUCAUCAGCUUUCUUUCGCACUAAUUACCCAUCAUUUCCAUUACCUGUUCACUGUCUCGAGUCGCUGUUCUGUCAUCGUCUCCUCAGUACCUCUCGUCUGACGAACCUAAGACGUAUGCCACGUCAUCUCCUCGUCCUGUACAUAAAGCCUUCGUCUAUGUAGCUCUUCAGAAGCUCGUAUUGUUAGAGCUCCACUGUAGAGAUUUGAGUCUCCAUAAAUAAAUAGAUAAUAUCAAUCCUCAACGCACUCGUAAGUAGAAGGGAUGCUUCCCACCAGGCAUCUGACGUAAAAACGUAAUAUAAACGCUCUUUCAACGUCAUUUGCCUGAACGGUUGUAUGGCCGACCAUUGGUAGUUGUUUUGGCCGCAGAUAAGCCGACUAUAAUUCAGGACCACCAUCCCGCACAGCAGUAUAGUGCACGAAUGACAUUAAUAUUUUGCACCGUAGUUAGCGUCUUUCUUUAGUCCCCAGUUUAUAUUAAAGAACAAAACAACAAUACAUGCGCAAAUAAAAAUAUUUUACAUGACCACCGUAAUACCUAAGAAACUUUAUAAUCUUGUGUAAGACUCUGUGCAACGUUCUCGUUAAGUUUUAUUCAACUUAUUGAGUCAUUUCAAAUGAAAUUUUUUUCU